AUGUUCUCACAACCCCUAGCUCCUGUACCUCCUAUCAAACCUGGUAGCAUGUCCAAGGAAGUGUAUACGCAAUCGGUGCUCAUCACUGGGUGCGGCAAGGGGGGCAUCGGCCAUGCUCUCGCUCUCGAGUUCAAGAGGCGCGGAUACGAUGUCUUCACCACCCUGCUGGCGCACGAGCCCCGAGAGCACCUCGUAGACGAGGGUAUCCACGCUUUCACAGCCGACGUCACCAAGGAUGCAGAUAUUAUUUCGUUAAAGGAGACAAUCUCGUCCGAGACGAGUGGGAGUCUGGAUGUGUUGGUCAACUGCGCGUAUGUCGAAUUUCCCUUGCCUCGUGUCGGGUCACGCUACACAAUGACGGCAAUCGACACCCAAGUCAGCGAAGUGGAGAAGAUGUUCGCGGUGAAUGUCUUUGGCCCCAUGCGCAUGGUGCACAUCUUCCACCCGCUCCUGAUCCAGGCUAAGGGUACCGUCGUCAACAUUGGCAGCGUGGGAGGGAUUGUGCCCUACGUAUAUGGAUCGAGUUACAACGCGACCAAAGCUGCAUUGCACCACUGGGGAAACACGCUGCGGGUGGAAAUGAAGCCGUUCGACGUCAAAGUCAUCAACGUCAUCUCCGGCGAAGUCGGCACGAAUAUUCUCAAACGCGACCAGACGUCGCUGCGCAAGCUCCCCGAGAACUCAUUCUAUCGCCCACUCGAGGCUGAGUUCCAGAAGCAUAUUAAUCGGACACCUGUUACAACAACGGCUGCCGAAUACGCACGGUCGGUUGUCAGCGAGGUGGUCAAGAAGAAGCCGGCCGCGUGGCUCUGGACCGGUGCACGGGCGGGCGAGGUGCGAUUCUGGGAUACGUUUUUUCCUCGGACUUUUUGGGAUUGGUUGUUUUCCCGCGAGUUUGGCCUGGAUAAACUGCGGUCGGGGACUUGA